GCUGUUAGCGCCUCCUGGGUCCCGCUGGGACAGGGCGAGGGGUCAACGCGCCCCCAGGGCCCCGGCGCGAGCGGGUCCCCGCGUCCACCUGUAGCGGGUCGGGGGCCAGGCCGGGCUGGGGUCUUUCCCGCCCACCGCUCCUCCAAGACCGGCUUCGGUGCCUUGGGCCCCGUCGCGCGCCGCCAUGGUGGGCCGGCUGAGCCUGCAGGAUGUGCCGGAGCUCGUGGACGCGAAGAAGAAGGGCGACGGCGUCCUGGACAGCCCGGACUCGGGGCUCCCCCCCAGCCCCAGCCCCAGCCACUGGGGGCUCGCGGCGGCCGCGGGCGGCGGAGGCGGCGGGGAGCGCCCUCCGGCCCCGGAGGCGCUGGAGCCCGACGCGGCGGCGACCCCCACAGCUCCGAAUCCAGCGUCUCUGCCUCUGCCUCCCGGCUGUGCACUGAGGCUGUGCCCCCUGUCCUUUGGCGAAGGAGUGGAGUUUGACCCCUUACCACCAAAGGAAAUAAGGUACACGUCCUCGGUCACAUACGACUCGGAGCGACACUUCAUGGACGGCGUGCAGCUGCCCCUGGGCCUGGCCGUGGCCUCCUGCAGCCAGACAGUCACUUGCCUCCCCAACUGCACGUGGCGCAACUACAAGGCUGAGGUGCGGCUGGAGCUGCGCCACAAGCCCUCACGCUUCCUCAGCACCACCAUCGUCUACGGCAAGUACCCCAAGACCGUCUACACCACCACCCUGGAUUACAACUGCCGCAAGACGCUGAGGCGGUUUCUAUCCAGCGUGGAGCUCGAAGCCGCGGAGCUCCUGGGCAGCGACGACCUCUCGGAUGAAUGCUGACUCGGCAGGCUGGGCUGGGGCUGGGCGGCUCUUCCUCUGCCCUGCCCCCGACCUCUCCAGGCUGGGUGGGGUUAGGGUUAGGGUUGGGGGGACCGGCUCUUCCACUGCUCCUGACCUGACAGAUGACUGGGCAGGCUGGGCUGGGGUCAGGGUUAGGGUUGGGGGACUGGCUCUUCCGCUGCCCUGCCCCCGACCUCUCGCAUGACUUGGCAGGCUGCACUGGGGUCAGACGGCUUUUCCACUGCCCCCAGCUACCGUGGCCAAGCCCGGCAGCCUUGUCCUUCAUGUCAUUCUAGCCCCAGAGGAGUCUAACCUAGAGAUACCUCCAAGUCUGGGGAAGAAACAAAAUCACUGCAUCCCAUAAUGACUGGGAUCUUUGUGUUUUAAUUUCAAGCUGUUUUUGAAAGGAGUGUUUGUCCUGCUUUGCUGCUGUAGUGUUUCCCCAAAGUCUCCAUCUGAUGAGGCGAUAAAAAAGCCAUGAGGACGGCCAGAAAGCAGCAGUGGUCUGGGAUGGGAGGGAGGGAAGCUCCCCGUCCACUGGUCAGUUCCUCAGAAGAAGAGCAUGGAAAUGUCCUGGGAUGGAAAGUGAGAUUUAAGGAAUUUCAGCUGCGGGGUUUUCACUGCACAAAAGUGGUGCUAAUUCAGUAACCGGUGGCGCGUGGGGUCUAAUCCGUGGAGAGCUGAGCUCUGUCCUGUGUGUUUAAAUUCCCACCUCCUUUUGUUUCCUGUUACCUGAACUCCUGUAAUUCCCUAAAUCUUUUUCAAUAUAACAACAACAGCAAAAAAAAAACAAACCCAAACCACAAUAUAAGAUGCCUUAAAAAAAAUUAAAGGUUGGCCAUGCUGUCGCCAGCUCCGGGAGGGCCAGGCCGAUGGGCGGCAGGUUUGGGAGCGGAGGCUCUGGUUCUGGUCAGUUCCCAGCGCAGGCUUUGGCAGAACGCCUGGAACCCUUGGCCUCUGGUGACGGUCUCCGCAGGCUUCCGAGGCUCUCCUGAUGUUUUGGGGCUUCAGAAUACUUUCCAAUUUUCUCACCAGGCACAACGGAGAGGAGGGCUCCUUUUUUUUUUUUUUUUUUUUUUUUUUAAGAGAAACAGCGUUCUAAGAGUAUGCUUGAAAAACACACCUUUUGGGAGUCCAUGAGGGGAGAGGACACUUGGGGCAGGAACCGGCGGCUCUGACCGGAGAGGCCCAGGCGAGGCUGAUGAUGACCACAUUAUCUUGAGAGGGGCCGGGCUUGACUCAUUCUUAGGACUUCAAUGGCUUCAGAAUUGGCGGGAUUCUGCCAGUGCCUUAGGACUAAUGCAAAAAGCAGUGAAGGCCCCUGUGGUGGCUCGUGCCUGUAGUCCCAGCUACUUGGGGAAACUGAGGCAGGGGGAGCUCUUGAGCCUGAGAAUUCGAGACCAGUCUGAGCAAUAGAGUGAGCUUCCAUCUCUAAAAGAAAAAAGGGCGACGACAUCUGUGCCCCUGACACCAGCCAAGCUAAGCUGAAUUGAAGUAGGGAAUGGCGCCAAAACCUGGCCGCUGUCACGAUGGCCUGUGUCCCUCUUAUGCCACUGUUCGAGUCGAAGCGACAGUCAACUGAAGCUGGAGUCAACUGAAGAUGUUCCCGAGGUCGGUGUGAAUUCGGCUGACCUGGCCCAGCGGUGGGGCCGGGACCAGGGUUCGAGACCCCAGCCCUGCCUCCCGCUGCCCGCGCCCCCGGCCCCUGCUCCUUAGAACCUUCCACCUAUCCCUGCGGUGUUUGAGUAAAGAAAGCGGCGGACGGUUUUUUUUCUUCCAAUAUUGGAAAGAACAAACUAGAUACUUCCUUUGAAUCCACCCAGAUUAUGUCAAGCUCCCGAGGCCUGCUGAGCGCCGUGAGCUCCUCGUCCGCCGUGGCUCCGGUUUCCGUGGACGCUUUCCAUCUGCCCGGACGCAGUGCCCGGAACCAAGGCGGGGACUCUGCGGGGAUAAUGCCUCUUCUGCGUCUGCGGUGGUGGAGGUGGAGAGUCACGCUGUCCUCUGCGGACAGCAGCGUUCGAUCUGCUGUGCCCCUAACGGACGCGACGGCGCCGUGGACAAGGCCUGCGGUCACUUUGGUGGCUCCAGCUUCCGGGUGAAGCUCAGCUGGGACCCAGUGAGGGGCACUCGGGGCCCCAGUGGCUCCUCAUAGUCACGUGCAGAGUGAAAAAUGCUUCCUGUGGUUGAUGGAGCAAGUGCCACGAUAACAAUGGAUUUUUCUGUCUGAUUUCAUGUUGUGAAGUGGUCAGUGUAAUUUUUAGGUAAUGUUAGGGGGUCCUCAAGGCCUUGCUCUGCCCCCUGUUUCCACUUAGUGGAAACAGGACCCGCUGUGUGGCAGGCGUGGGAGUCACGUGUUCUCCGGUGUCCUUAGGAGACUCUCUUUUGUCUUAGGGGACUGUUAAGUUCAGGCAAAUCACCUAGGUGUGGAGAGAGUCUGAAAUUCAUCAGUAAAGUAAGUGGGAGUGAGCGAUUGUGAAUGUGUAAUGCAAAUGGAAAGCCUGGUGUUAUUGUGUUAAAGUUAUUCACUAGGGAGCAGCUGUAGUUAUUUCCAACCCUCCUUCUCUCCAAACCUGCUUUGCUGACAGCUGCAGAAAAGGAAGCGUGUGAGGAAAAUGGAACCUGUCAGGGUGGGUCGGAGGCGUCUGUCCAUUGUUCGUUUGCAGGGUGGAAGCAGUGAGGUUUCAGACCCACUGAUUAAAAACACACAUUCCCAAGUGUAUGUGAGAGACACUGUUUAUUUGUUAAUUAAAAAGCGUUUUUCUCUGUCUCUUAAAUCAUGGCUUUCAGGUAAUAAGGAUACUUUUAGCGAAAAGUUGUUUUCCUUUCAAACCACAGACCUUUUAAAAAGACUUUAAUUUGAGCGAAUACCUUUCUAUUUGACACUUUCCCUGUUUCUGACCUUAGGAAACCAGAAAACGUUUGACAGACGCAAUGUUUUCAAUUGACCUUUGAUACCUGUUGUGCUCCCUUUCGCUUUGUGACUUCUCCAUUUAACAAUAAAUUAUCUGAAAAACAAAA